AAAUCUGUACACUUUUGUCAUGUGACUUAUCAUGGGAAAGUAAAAGUAGAGGAAUUUUCUACCCCAAAACAUGUUAAAGCCCAAAGCACUCACUCAAGUUCUAAGUCAGGCUAACACAGGCGGUGUCCAAAGUACUUUGCUAAGAAUAAUGACUAAUAAUGUGCCUUUUAUAUGGAUAUCUGCGGCUGUUACUGCAGCCAUAGCCAGUAAUGUGUGGAUGUCAUACCAGAAAAGUGGCACUGUCGCCUUCAGUGAUGAUAAACUCAAAUUCAUCAUGCUAGAGUGUGAGGAGGGAAAAGUUGCCAUUACUAAAGUAGCCAAUCUUUUGUUAUGCAUUUGUUCUAAAGAAAAUGUGGGAUUUGGUAUGCUAAAGGCUAAGAUGGAGGCAUUAGCGAGUUAUUUGGAGGAACCAUUAUCACAGGUUGCAGCUUCCUGACACAGAUUGUAAAUGCUAUUUUAUUCAAAUCCUAACAGGCAGUCAGAACUGUUUUUAUCAAUGUUGGACCACAUUUUAUUGUGAGACAAAUACUGCCAAUAAAUAAAUAUCUAGCCUCACUAUACGAGAGACUGAAGUUAUGUGGUAGAUGUCAAUAAAAAUCUAAUAAUUUAUCAAAAAUAAAGGAAACUUUUUUUUGUUCUAUACAUUUUCAACGUUGGACUUACUAGAUACAUUUCACACAGUGUUUAAAAUUGAGAAAAAAAUGUUAGGUAUGUUAUGAUAAAUGUAAUACAUUUAAUCUUAUGAAUAAACUAUUGUACUUUA